UUAAUAUUUUAUUAUUGCAACAAUAAAUCGGACUAGAGUCAUUCUUUAAACAUGCAAAAGUCACAUUAAUAUCGCUUCCAAACAGGACAGAUAUGAUCAUUUUAUGUAUUUAAAAAAUACAGAUCAUAUUUAGUUUAAUUUAAAUUGAAAUGUAUAUCAUUUAAAAUAUGAAUGAAUGAUCUGUAAAUGGAAGUGCAGUGUAGUUCUUGCGGGAAGACUAGCAGCUGUACAUCAUCACAUCAUUAGCUUGGUAAUUCCCAGCCAAUCGCAUGUAAGCUGUUGCUUUAUAAGUCUGCUCACAAUCUAUCACAUUGCUGUUUCGGUGUGCUAAACACAGGCAACCUCCACCACCCCACCACCACCUGUUGAGCCCUGUCCCGCACGGGAGUAGGCUCCUCGCCCCUGCCUCCUAUCUCCGGCAGGACAUGACGGUUCCGGGUACAACUCCCUCGGAUCGCCAGACGGGGCCUACGCCAAAGAGAGAGACAUAUCUUUCUGUUUUACAUCUAUCAAAUAAAUGGCAUCUUAAACUUCACUCAAGCCUGCGUGUCUUCCCGAUAGAAAUACGUUUCUUGGUGAUUUGACCCAUAAUUGUUCAACAAAACCUUCAGAUAUUUAUUUCUCCUGAAAAAUGUUGCUUAAUGCGACAGAUGUGUUUCAAAAUCUCAAUGUUGCAUUUUAAUGCAUCAUCAAAUAACAAUGAAACAAAAAAAGGAGGCAGAUUUAUUGCACAUUUAUUACUGUGUGAGAGGAACUUCAAUCAUAUCAUAAUCAUAAUCAUAUAAUCAUAAUCAAUUUGAUAGAGGUCCUUAUCUAAAAACGGCACAACACUGAACCGUAUUAUGUGGACUGCUGCGUGCAAAAAUAGCAGGUGCAUCAGACUGCACGUAAACUUAUCCAACGCCCCAAAAUAUGUCAUGUAGUUCCCCACAUCCCUGAGGGGGGGAAGCGAUGUAACAUGGUGAGCCACUAUGGACUGACUGGGAGGUAAUAUCUGUUGAAAUGCAUGUAGGAGAACGGUACACAUCUAUUUUUGUGAUCCUGAAUAUUGAAAGUUUGUUUCAGUCCUCAUGAAAUUGAUUAUAUCAGUUGUGUAUUAUGUAUUAUUAGCAGUGAAAUGGUUUCUAACAAACAUCUCUUCUGAAUAGAUUCGUCGAAUCACAUGAACGAUCACAGUUUAAUAAUAAGAGACGCAAGAUACUAGUUUAAUACUGAGCAUUAUUAUGGUUUUCCUACCUGUGCUAUUCCUCCUCUGGGCUUGUCAUCCUUCAAAUGCUGCAGGUCGUCUAAGAGAGUUCAUCUUUGUAAACACCAAAAUGAAUCUAAGCACAGCUCAAAGUUACUGCAAGAGUCAUUUUACUAACCUUGUUACAAUUUACGACCAAAAAGGCAAUGCAGAAUUAGAUAAAACGGCCUGUCCAACUGGUGCCUGGAUUGGUGCCUACACAAGUAUCGGAACCAAUAAGUGGUCAAAUGGUGAUGAAGUCACAUUCAGCAAAUUAAAAGGGAAUUGUGAGGAAAUCUGUUGUGCUGCAAUGAAAGCUGAUGGAGAAUGGGAAUCUGUCCAAUACAACACACCAAAAUACUUCAUGUGUUAUGAUCAAGAUGGUGAAGCAUCAAACAAAUACAAGUUAAUCAAUGAAAGCAAAACCUGGUUUGACGCUCAGCUGUACUGUAGAAAUAAUCACACUGAUUUAGUCACUAUCAGAGAUGAGACGGAGAAUAAUCAGGUGAAAGAAAAAGGGAAAAGCAGUAGUAAUCCUUUCUGGAUCGGCCUCUUUAGUGACAAUGUGGAAUGGAUUGAUAGAGGAAAGUCUGCUAACAGAAAGAGUUGGAUUAAUAGUACAGACAGUAGUGAACACUUUGCCCUAUGCUACAAAAGUCACAUUCAUGUCAGUGAGAAAAAGAUGUCCUGGGAGAAAGCUCUGGAUUACUGCGAUAAUAAUGGGAAUACUUCUGGACUCCUGCGCAUCGAGUCUGAGGCUGAUCAGAGAGAAAUGGAGCGAGAACUAAGAAGAAGCAAUAUUUCUGGUCCAGUGUGGGUGGGGCUUAGACAGAGUCGACUCUUUGGAUUCUGGAUUUGGUCCAAUGGACUUCAUGUGGGACCCUGGACCAACUGGAAAGGAGGAAGUCAACCAGAACAUCAGAUGUCCCACCACUGUGGUGCCAUAGAGAAGAUGAACGGUGUAUUCAAAUGGACUGAUAAAGACUGCAGAUCUAAAUUUACUGUUUUAUGUGAGGGAAAGUAAUAAACAGAACCAGUUGAAAGAUUGGACACACAAAAAAUGAUACCCUCUCUUGCAUGAAACCCUUCAAGGAAACUGACCAACAAUAAUGACGACUGAUCUUGCACUAAGGGGCAUAUCCAAAUAUUUGUCCAAUCCAAUGCUCUCUAGAGUGAGGAUGCCCCUCCCCCUAAUACCACCUAUUUUUGACAUGCAAUAGCAAGAGGCAAAUAAUGUUUAUAGCUGUGAGUUUAACUUUAAAACAGGGACAAGCCCUUUAUGUCCCACUCAAACUUCUUGUGUCACCAUAAAAUGCAUAGGGUGUGUCCUUGCUUAUAUGCUAACGUAUAAGCUAAUGUAUAUGCUAACAUAUAUAUGGUAACUUAUAUGCUAAUUUAUAUGCUAACUUAUAUGCUAAUGUAUAUAUGGUAACUUAUAUGCUAAUUUAUAUGCUAACUUAUAUGCUAAUGUAUAUAUGGUAACUUAUAUGCUAAUUUAUAUGCUAACUUAUAUGCUAAUGUUUGUA